UUUUCUGUGCGAUCGCCACACUCUUGUUGUCGCCUCUUUCUUCUAUUGACGAGGUCACUAGGAACGAUGGGCAGAGGUGGUGAUACGUUGGGGGCGUGGUCGUUGUCAUCCGGUGAAAAGGCGCGGGUGUUUGUCAACCAACUUGGAGUGAAAGAGCGCAGCAAUUUGUUGAUGGCGCUGAAGCAAACGCGAGAAGAAAGUUUGGUGAAAAGUGACGAGAAAGAGCCGACAAGAAAGCAGCUGUUGCGCUGGGCAGGGAUUAGUGGCAUCCCCUUCAUCGGCUUUGGACUUGUGGACAACUGUGUCAUGAUCACAGCAGGUGAGUAUAUUGAUAUUAGUAUUGGAGCAUCGCUUGGUAUUACGACGAUGGCAGCGGCCGCACUUGGCAACAUGGUGUCUGAUGUGUCAGGAUUGGGGUUGGCUGGGACAAUAGAGGGAAUGGCAGCCAAACUCGGCUCUCGAAUUCCUCAAUUAUCACCCAAACAACUGAUGAUGACUAGAACCAGACUAUCUAGCUAUUUGGGACGUGUAGUCGGCGUUUGCAUCGGCUGCUUCCUGGGAAUGUUCCCUCUGCUACUAUUGUCAACCAACAAAGAGACAGACGACGAAUAACAGCCACCACACGUGACCCAAACUACGGCCACACUAGACAAAUACCUCGA